AUGUCGUAUAUCAGCUAUCGUCAUUUUAAUGGGCGCACCAUCGCAUUUACCGACGACAAUGUCGAGGUAAAGAAACUCUUUUUGCAGCGUGUGCCAUUUAAGAUGCAUACAGAAACGUUGCAGACAUACUUCUCCUAUUUUGGAAAAGUGCUGCAUGUAGAAUUAAUUGAGAAACCGCGUAAAAAAAAAUUCAAAUUUGGUUAUGUGCUGUUCGAGAGCUCUCGCGAUGCCGCCGAUGUUCUGCUCAAGGAAAUGCAUUUGAUAAACGAUCGUCUCAUCAAGCUGGAGCCGUAUCAUAGCUGGGGUCAGCCCGCAGUCGAGAACAUUGAGCCCAUACCGGAAGAGUCGCCCAUUAGAAGGCUAAACGAUGAUUGCCUGUAUAGAAUAUACCGAUAUCUAUCGCUUACCGACCAACUGAAUCUGGCACGUGCUCUGAAGCGUUGCCCCCCGCUAUAUAGCUCCAUCAACCUGGGCACCUUCAAGAGUAUCAGCCUGUGGGAUAUGCACGACUUUUUCGUGCUCUUUGGCUAUAAACUAAACCAAAUUGUUGGCCAAAUACCGCGUAAUCGUUACCGGCGUCUAAUUGAAUUUGUUAGCACGCAUUGCCACAAUCUCAGGGUCCUGCGCAUCACCAAUAGUCCUCUAACCGUUUGCAAUACGUACAAGCUGGUGGGCCAUCUUCAUCAGCUGCAGGAGCUGAAGCUGUCCAAUUGUGAUUUAGUUGAUGAUUGUCUGCCAUCGCUGACAGGUCUGCAUAAGCUCAAGAAACUGGAUCUGUGCUAUAAUGACAUGUUGACGGGACUGCUUAUGGAUAAGCUGCCCAGUUCUAUAGAGUCGCUGAAUCUUUUGUACUGUAUCGAUGUGGAGUCCAUGUUCCUGCCCAGAAUUUGUAGUGCCUUGCCGCAACUCAAGGAGCUGGGCAUCAGGACGUUGCUCACCGAGCACACGAAUGUGUUCCAAGAAUUGGCGAACGGCCAUUGCUGUGACAAACUGGAGACAAUCACUCUGCAGACCGAAGCCUCUUUUCACCUACAGUUUCAUUUGGAGUAUCUGGCCAAGCUGCCGGGCCUCAAGAAGCUGAUCAUGUACGAAAGGCCCACACUUAUGCUGCUGCAGUGGCUCGUGGAGCACAAGUCCGAGCAGCUAAUCCAUCUGGAGAACAAUUCGAGGAUGUCCCUUGAUGCCCAGCAAAUGGCGCUGGUUGCUCAACUGAAUGCAUUGCGCAUUCUCGCUCUGCCCAAUAACAUUGAUAUCGACGAUGACGUCAUGGGCAAGCUGUGCAAUCUGCAGCACUUGGAGGUAAUUCAUUUGCAGGGCUGCAAGAAAAUCACAGAUCAGGCGGUGCUGCGUCUGCUGCUCAGCUGCAGCAAGCUGCAUGUGCUGCAUCUCGAACGUUGUAGGCUCCUUUCCGGCCAGCUCAUUCAUUGCAUCAUCGGCGAGCUGCGUGAACUGUGUCGCCUCCAGCUCAAUCAUCGUCAACUGCCAGUUAAAUUGUAUUUCUUUGGCGCAAAGUUUAAUGAUUUUAUGCUAAAGCAUUCGGAUGUACGAGCUGCCAGCGAUAUGGUCGACAUUGAACUGACCCGUUGUCCAUAUUGGUAA